GCAGCGGUCGCAGGCGGUGGGGAGGGGAGCUGCUCGGCGGCCCGCGGACCCGACCCUUUCAGCGCUCUGCUCCCGCGCCUGCCUACCUCGCUCCUCGGCACCAUGACCACCACCACCACCUUCAAGGGAGUCGAUCCCAACAGCAGGAAUAGCUCUCGGGUUUUGCGGCCUCCGGGCGGUGGAUCCAAUUUUUCAUUAGGCUUUGAUGAACCAUCAGAACAACCUGUGAGGAGGAACAAAAUGGCAUCCAGCAUCUUUGGGACACCUGAGGAAAAUCCUCCUUCAUGGGCCAAGUCGGCAGGUGCCAAGUCUAGUGGUGGCAUAGAGGAUUCUGAGUCAUCUGGACCCCAGAGAAGGAACUCUUCUGAAGGGAACUCUGGAGACUUCUUAGAUCUGAAGGGAGAAGGCAACAUUCAUGAAAACGUGGACACAGACUUGCAGGGCAGCCUGGGGCAGAGUGAGGAGAAGCCUGUGCCCGCUGCCCCUGUGCCCAGCCCGGUGGCACCGGCCCCAGUGCCGUCCCGAAGAAACCCCCCUGGCGGCAAGUCCAGCCUUGUCCUGGGUUAGCUCUGAUUCUCUUGAACUCUGUCG